AUGUUCAAAAUGCUCAUUUUCCAGAUGAAUCGCUUGGUGGUUGCUCCCCGCCUCUUCUCGGCUCGUACCAUGGCCUCCGCGGCUCCGAAAAUCACCACUGGCAUUGAGCACGCCGAAAAGGCACGACAGCUCGCAGGUAUGAUUCUAAAAAUUGUGUGAAAACGAUUUUUUUAAAGAUUAUUCAAAAAACUUGUUGAAUCUUGGUUUUUCGCGUUGAAAUCUAAUGUUCCCUGUCUUAAAAAUGAUGGAAAUGUCGAAAUGAAGCUUGUAAUAAUUUUUUUUCAAAAAAUUUUGAAUUUUCAGGCGGGAAACCAGACUGGGCGCUGUACAAGUGCGACGACUACCUGAAAUUCGACAAAUACUCUUACGCCCACGCGGAAAUCACGAUGAACAAAGCACGUGUUCCGCAGCCGACAAACCGCAAAGCGGACGUUCUUCCGCAAGUGCGCAAAGCUUAA